CUUAAUUCCAACCUAAAGAUCAGACAAGCCUUCUCCAACGAAUCCCGGUCAUUUGAUGCCCUUCCAAGCCUGGACGCUGCAUGGGUGGGCGCAGGGAGGGUGGAUGGAUGGAGAGGGUGUGGCCCUUGUCGGAUCUUUGCCUCGUCUUCCUUCCUGCUCAGGCUGCUCGUACGGUAAACGCCUUCUUACUUCCUGCUUUGUUACUCGCCGCUUCGCCAAUUCUCAAGGCAAUCCACAUCCCUCUAUCCUCCGGUGCCGUCUUUCCGCCCAUCGUGCUGCUGGUGUCUGCUGGUGCCCGCUGGUGCCCAUCUUCCAUCUUCGUAUACAAUACCGUGUCACAGUUCCGUGCCGAUCCCCGAAAGGUACACCAGAAGGGGAUUGUGUGUGUGAAAAAAGAGACCUGGCCAUGAAAUAAUGUCAUUUGUGUCCAUCUCGUCCCGUUAAGCUACCUACAACCACACCCACAAGCAGUGGAAUCAUGCGAGGCGGGUGUAAGCACCGCAUAGGGAGACGUUCAGCAAGAAUACUCCGGUAUAUCACAGUAAAGAUAGAUCCGCCCUCCCGCGAGAUU